CACCUGUCCCGCCGCCGGGCCUGCGCUCCUUGGCUCCUGUUGGCCCCCGGGCCUCGGGGCCUCCUGAGAGUCGCCCUGCAGUCCCAGCUGCGCCUCCUGACCAAGGGCUGGCUCGCGUGUCCCGGUGAAGAGAUGGCGUUUGUAAAGAGUGGAUGGCUGCUGCGACAGAGUACUAUUUUGAAACGCUGGAAGAAGAAUUGGUUUGAUCUCUGGUCAGAUGGCCAUCUGAUCUAUUAUGAUGACCAGACUCGGCAGAGUGUGGAGGAUAAGAUCCACAUGCCAGUGGACUGCAUCAACAUCCGAAUGGGACACGAGUGUCGGGAUAUCCAGCCUCCAGAUGGAAAGCCAAAAGACUGUAUGCUGCAGAUUGUUUGCCGAGAUGGGAAAACUGUCAGUCUUUGUGCAGAAAGCACAGAUGAUUGUUUGGCCUGGAAGUUUACACUCCAAGAUUCCAGGACAAACACAGCCUAUGUUGGAUCGGAAGUAAUGUACGAUGAGACAGCUGUGGCAUCAUCUCCACCUCCUUACACAGCCUAUGCCGCUCCAGCCCCUGAGCAGGCAUAUGGCUAUGGACCGUACGGGAGCCCCUACCCACCAGGAGCGCAAGUUGUCUACGCUGCCAAUGGGCAGGCCUACGCCGUGCCCUACCAGUACCCAUACACAGGACUUUAUGGACAGCAGCCUGCCAAUCAAGUCAUCAUCCGUGAGCGUUACCGAGACAGCGACAGUGACCUAGCCCUGGGCAUGCUGGCUGGAGCGGCCACUGGCAUGGCCUUAGGGUCUCUGUUCUGGGUCUUCUAGUCCUCGAGACCCUUACAUGCAUAGCUUCUGAUAUACCCUCUGUGCAAUGCUAUAAUUUGCAGGGCAUUUCUGUUUGUGAUAAAUGUUUUUAAUAAUAGUUGUAAUAGUUCUUUUGAAAAUAGUGACAUCAUAAUUAUAAUUAAUCCAUAGAAGUACCACAGAGAAGAGUUUGAAAUGGGCUGUUUGAAAUGAAUUUACUGGGGUGCUUACUCAUUCCAAGGGUUUCCUCAUGGAAUUCUUAGUUUGGAACUCCUUACCUGUUCUUACCUGUUUUGAAAAGCAACUUUUUAUAAGAGUUAUAUGUAGCUCUUAAGGGAUAAUUCAUUUUAGUGUUAUGCUAGUAAUACAGUGAUGAAUGAAUAAGUGAUUGUGGCAAGAAAAGCUGCAGUUUCUUUUGGUUUAACUUGAAACUUUCAAAACCUAGACCAGAACUGUCUGCAUGUUCCUUUAGGAGUUGUAGGCUGGUAAGCUGCCCAUGGUUUCUCGGUGCUUUCCUGAGGCAGCGUGUGGUGUGCUGACCUGCCACUAGAGCUCUGCAGAUCCCAGCCAAGGCUGCUCCAGGGUGAGGGGGUUCAGUUUUGGAGUCAGGUUACCCCCUUUAAUGAUGUUUCAAAAAUCUGACUAACCCUACACCUCCUAUUCUCAUCAUUUCGUUCUUACUUGUGUUUUAUUUUUGAUGGUGUUCUUUAGAAAACAUCCCAGAUUGGGAAUUGAUUUGAGCCUUAAAAUUUUAGGGCUUUAUCCUUUAAAACCUGAGGAAGGUAAAAGAAAAACAAAUAAACAAGUGUAUGGAGGUAGAUUUGACUUCAUUCAGAGAGAGUGUAUGUUUUUAGUGACUGCUCUUGGGUGUUUUUAUUGCUGUCUAAGCCUACUUAGAGCUUAUUUUUCUACUUGUUGAGAAAGUGUGCUUAAAAGAGUGACAAGGAAAGUGGAAGGAGAGUUGUGGCAGUGUCACUCUUUCAGCACCAUCCCUUUCUGCGGUGGCUCCAUGUAGAGGAUGGCGUUUGUAGAGUGUGAACACACGGCUGAGCGCGAGUGCUGUGGACACCGUGCCGAGCACGUGGGGCUUGCCUUUGGCGCCUGGCAGCAGCACAGUGGGAGGGCUCUGAGGUAGAUCUCACCCAGGGACACAUGCCGCCUCUCAGGAUCUCAUGCAGCCUGACCAGAACUCUGAGCCUCGGAUACCUUGCCAGCAUUGUCUUUAUUCCUGACCCAAAGGUGAUAGAGACGCUUAAUAUGUUUCAUUUUGAGCUCCAACCGUGUGUGAAGUUCUGGUGAGCCCACAGUCUGUCUUUCGGUUAUUUAUUAAUCUUUGUUAAUUUUUAAAGCUCCUAAUUAUUCUAGUUUCCUGUGCUGCAUGCUUUUUAAAGUGUUGCCUACAAAGACAGUUUAGCACAGUGAAGACCCCUGCCCCACCCUCUACAGGGCCUUAUUUUCCAUAACACAUACUGCAGGGAGCACAAACUUUGUUUUUACUUUGCCUGACCAGUUGCAUGUUGUGUUUUUUGUUUGUUUGUUUGUUUUUUUUUAAACUGGUCAACCAGCUCCAUGUCUGAAGCAAACUUAAAUAGAACUCCAUAUGAAACCAGACAGCCAGUGAACUUAGCAGGGACCACAGCUCUGGCUUCCUAGCCAAUAUUCACAAGCUUGUUGACACUGGAGGGUCUGUUUUGAACUGAAAGGAAGGAUACUUAACUGUUAUCUCUGGAUAUUUGACAUUGUGGGAAAUUGCCAGAUGUGGUGUGGGUUUUCGUAUGUGAUGAGAGUGGCUUUGUUCAGAUUGUAAUUAUUGUUUAAGUUGUAGGCUUUACCUACAAUGUUGGAAACAGUUGUUAAUGUUGCUGUGGGGUCUUAGUUUUGAACUUGAAGUUACUAACUGGGUGAGAAUUACUGUGAAUCCCAACCAUUGAGUGACAUCACUGAAAUGCUCUACUGAAGCAAACAAGCUCCCCGGAACUCCAUGGAGAGCUGUGUGCUGAAGUGCAUGUGUGUGCCCCCUCUCCAGUCCCAGUAUGGCCAGCCCGUUAGGCAAUCACAGCUGAGCCUGGGAAUACACUGUCACUAGUGAUUUGACCCAGUGUGGAAUGUAUAAUGGGUAUAGUGGAUGGGUUCAGAUAUUUCCUUUUUCUGGCCUCAACUUAAAUGCCAGUCUUCUGAUAAAAUCGAUUCUUCAGUGACUUCCUUAGUUUACAGUGCUUCACUUAGGCAAUCCUAAGUCAAGAUAUGAGUGAGUUGGAAGGAACUUCUUGUUUGGGUUUGAGUAAGCAUGUUGCUACCAUGUGUACUUUUAAAUAAUGAUCUGUGCCUGGAAGAAGUUGGCCAUUGAUAUUUGACAUAUGCUGAUCUGAUUUUUUUUUCUUUUUUUUUAGUUCUGAUCUUUUAAUUCCUUAAAUUAAUGUCAGGGUAUUAGAGAUGAAAGAGAAGAGGGGAUACCUAUGGCUGUCUCUCAGAUCAGCACCCAUGACACAGGCUGGAACUUUAUAGACUGUCCAGGGCCAAGAUAGCUAUCAUAAGAAGUUCCCCAGUUGAGACAAAAUGACUCAUCUUUAUUUUCUACAUCAAUUGUGAUUCUGUACAAUCAUUCUUUUUCCUUCCCUAUUUCAUGGAUAUGCAAACAUGGAAUGCAGUUCCAUUUUUUUUCCCCCAGAAUUUAUCUUUUUUUUUUUGAUUGCUUCUCUGUGUCUAGUAUUCUGUUAUGACCACAGAGCCUAUUUUUUUCCCUGUAUAUGCAAAUUGUACAUUUGUAAGUGAAAAUGUUAAUACAUUAAAUGAUUGUUAACCUUAAAGCA